UCUGAGACCUCCGAGUUCCAGACUCGCCCAUAACUCAGCCAUCCAGUCUCCUCUUUCUCUUGGCUCGAACAACUCAAACCGCCAACUCUCCAUCAUCAUUAUUCCUUAUUGGAUAUUGGAAUUUCAGGAUUUCUUCCUAUUUCUUUCUCUUUUUGAGUUUCUUUUUAAUUUCCGGUUCAUAUCUUGCCCUGGGUAUCUUCUUUUCCUUUUAUGUGUUGAGACAGGCAGGGGGUUUUGUUCAAUUCUGGAGAUGGGGACGGAGAAUCCCGUCAAUUUUUCUUACAUGGGGCGGAGCUUUGAUGAUCUCACCAACGGCGAUAGUUCUGGGGCUUUUAGCGACUGUAACAGCGAUAGAUCCGGGGAGUUCCCGAUGGCGUCGUCCCAGAGUCGCCGCCUUUUGAUUUCUUGUGCUUCUGAUAACUCCGACGAGCUAAUUCAGCAGCUGGUAUUGGACCUCGAGUCCUGUUCGAUUGACGAGCAGAAACAGGCGGCCAUGGAGAUCAGACUCCUCGCCAAGAACAAACCCGAGAAUCGAUUAAGGAUCGCGAAAGCCGGUGCAGUGAGGCCGUUGAUUUCGCUGAUAUCGUGUACGGAUCCUCAGCUUCAAGAGUACGGCGUGACGGCGAUUUUGAAUCUGUCGCUGAACGACGAGAACAAGGAGCUGAUAGCGGCGUCUGGUGCGAUUAAGCCUCUGGUUAGAGCUCUCAUGUCCGGAACUUCAACGGCGAAGGAGAACGCCGCUUGUGCUUUACUGCGGCUUUCGCAAAUGGAAGAGAACAAGAUAGCAAUCGGACGGUCAGGAGCGAUUCCACUUCUGGUGAAUCUAUUGGGCAACGGUGGCUUUCGCGGAAAGAAGGAUGCAUCGACGGCUCUGUAUUCGCUGUGCUCGGUUAAGGAGAACAAAAUCAGAGCGGUGAAAGCGGGAAUCAUGAGGCCGCUAGUGGAAUUGAUGGCCGAUUUCGGGUCAAACAUGGUGGACAAGUCAGCGUUCGUGUUGAGCGUGUUGGUAUCGAUGUCGGAGGCAAGAACGGCUCUGGUAGACGAGGGCGGAAUCCCAGUACUGGUGGAAUUAGUGGAGGACGGAACGCAGCGGCAGAAGGAGAUCGCGGCGGUGAUUUUGCUGCAGAUUUGCGAGGAAAGUGUCCUUUACCGUACAAUGGUAGCUCGUGAAGGAGCAAUUCCACCGCUAGUCGCCUUGUCACAGUCUGGCACGAAUCGCGCCAAGCAAAAGGCGGAGAAACUGAUAGAGCUGCUACGGCAACCGAGAUCCGGCAACUACGCUGCCACCACCUCAAAUGUGUGUGUCUAAUUUUUGUUCCAGCCACGUGGACGAUGCAACCCCCCACACAACAAGACAUCUCAAUUACCCCCAACACACAAAAACCAAAAACCAAAAAAAGAAAGGGAAAGAGAUGAGUGGAGAGAGGUUUUUGUUUGUAAAUAUAUAUAUAUAUAUUUUCCAACCUUUUCUUUUCUUUAAUGUUCGUGUUGUGAUAUAUUGAUCCGAGUUUUGAGCUA